CACCAAUAAAAACUCAUUAAACAUCGACAGUUUCAGUUAUCAAUUUAAAUGAGAUUAAAAUAACGGACAGUCGCCGGUGGGAGUAGACGCGCAGUUGACUUUAAGCUCUGAUUGGCUGGCAGCAGUCUGGAGGCGGGAAGGUUUGGACCUCUAAACGCUGUGAUUGGUCGGAGCAGGAAGCGUGGUGCGCAUGAGCAGCCUGUUAAUUAGACGCCGGUUUGAGCUUUGGAGCAGACGGAGAGAUGCUGCUGGUCUGAGCGGAGCCUCGCGGCUGGAAGGGGAAAAACGAAGUUGAAACAGUGAAAAAGGAGCAGGAAAAGCGUUUCUGCUGGAUUAGCAGAGUCUCCUGCGGUUGACUGGAACAGUCUGGGACCAUGGUCCAGCACAGGGAACAUCCUGGAGCGGGAAUCGCCAAGGAGUCCCGCGAGGCGACGGACACCGAGGAGGGUGAGCUGCUGGCGGCUUCGGCCUGCAGCGCCGUGCCGCUGAAGCCGGACUGGUGUAAAACGGCGUCGGGUCACAUAAAGCGGCCCAUGAAUGCCUUCAUGGUCUGGUCCAAGAUCGAGCGGAGGAAGAUCAUGGAGCAAAGUCCGGACAUGCACAACGCGGAGAUCUCCAAGCGGCUCGGGAAGCGCUGGAAGAUGUUGAAGGACACGGAGAAGAUCCCGUUCAUCCGGGAGGCGGAGCGGCUCCGACUCAAGCACAUGGCCGACUACCCGGACUAUAAGUACCGGCCCAAGAAGAAGCCCAAAACCGAGGGCUGCGCGUUUCCAGCGGGGAAGUCAUCCGCUCAAUCCCCGGAGAAGAGCACCGUGAGGUCGGUGAGUAAAAACCCCGGAGCCGCCAAGAAACUCUCCAAACUGAAGGCCGGGAAGACGGUGGCCGCGUCCGGCCGCGGGGGCAGCCACCUGCCGCCGCAGCCGGACCACCGGUACCGGUACAUGGUGAGCACCAGCUUUAAAACCGUCAAACGGGAGUUUACUGACGACGAGGAGGAGGAUGACGAUGAUGACGACGAUGAUGAAGACUCUGAGGAAGAGUUCAAAGUGGAGGAGGAAGAGGAGGAGGAACCGUCCCGGUUCAGCCUGGCCAAGAUCCCGUCCGAGCCGCAGUUCGAGUCCUCCGGCCGGCUCUUCUACAGCUUCAAGAACAUCACCCGGCAGGGCGGCGGGGCCUCCGCCUACCCGGCCUCCCUCUCCCCCGCUUCCUCCUCCCGGUCCGGAUCCACGUCCUCCUGCUGCGGGGAGGACCUGGACGACCUCCCGGCGGAGCGGGCCGACCUGGCGCUGGGCUUCCUGGGCGACCCCUGGGCCUCCUCCUGCAGCGCCGCCGCCGGGAACCUCAGCCUGUCCCUGGUGGACAAAGACCUGGACUCCUGCGGCAGCGAGGGCAGCCUCGGGUCCCACUUCGAGUUCCCGGAUUACUGCACCCCGGAGCUGAGCGAGAUGAUCGCCGGGGACUGGCUGGAGGCCAACUUCUCGGACCUGGUCUUCACGUACUGACCGGUCGGAACCGAGGCCCGGAUUCGGUGCUGAUCGUGGAGGGGGGCGUGGCCGCUGCCGGCUCCCUGCCUGGACUCGGUACCGGUUUCGGAGCUUUGCUCCCUACCUGGACUAGGUACUCUCCAACAGGGUUUUUAUGAAUUAAUUUUCCGUCUCAGGUCCGACCCAUUUUCCGGACUAUGCAGUCUCACUCAGUCCCAUAAAGAACUGUAGAACCAGAACUGUAGGACUUCAGGUGUUUUUUAACGUCGGAUACUUUUGCAGCAACUUUAAAAAGAACCAGAACCGAACUAGGCGUGGCAGGAAACCUUUUUGAUAUUUACAUAACCAAACAUACCUCAUCUUUUUAAAGAUAUCAGAAUAAUAAUAAUAAAAUGACUAUUUUCAGGCAUAUUUUUGUACAUUCAAAGGGAAUGUCAGGCACUUGUUCCACUCUGGGUUUGUUUUUCUUUUUCCUGAAAACUGUUGGUUCCGGUUCUGCCUUGAUUUAAUGCCUUGCAGUUGUUUUAAAGCGCAGAUGGAGGUGUACUGGGAGGUUUACUGGGAGUACUGGUCAGAGUGUAAAUGUUGUGAAUAAAUAGAUUAAAGUUUAGCAAGUUUGUGUGACUGGUUAUAAAGAUGGAGGAAAAGCUGGAGUUUCUGUUGCUUAUUUUAAUUAUUUUUGUAUCACUUCAUCAGCAGCACACGUCUGUUUUGUUGCUCAUUAUUUUUGUGCAAUAUGAAAGAAAAUGAACGUAAAGGGCCAUCCUGAGUGUUUUGUAGCAGAAGGGAAACUGUGUGAACUUGUCCUUUAUCAUAAAGUCUGUACGUCUGAAUAAAUCAGCUGGAACUGAA